AUGUCUCUCUGCAUUCUUCCAUUUACUUCGGAGGCGAUCCUGCCUCGUCUUUUGGAUGACGUCUUCAGCGAGCUGGAUGAUGCCUUCAAUCAUUUCUACCAAAUCGAACGGGUCUCUUCUCCUCCCUCAACAAAGAGGUCAGGGAGGAGAAGCCCUAUGGGUCAAUUGUGCAAGGUCAGUGAUGACGGGUCCAAGUUGGCGAUCUCAUUAGAUGUCUCGAAAUUCAAGCCAGAUGAGUUGAAAGUGAACAUCGAUGACCGAACCCUGACUGUUGAAGGCAAACAAGAAGUGAAGGAUGGCUUGAGUUACACGGCCAGGUCGUUCCUUCGCCAGUGGACUGUUCCAGAAGGCGUCGACAUCGAGCAGAUCCGAUCCACGCUUACUGAAAAUGGUCAUUUAGCCAUCGAAGUACCGAAGCCCAAACCGGCCAUUGCUUACUGA